AGUACAUAGCCAUUCUAUAGUGGGUGGAAUACCCAAACUGCGUUCAUUGACUAUCAAAACACCACCGAUGCUGCUGUACCUUCUGCUGUCGUUGGUUACGUUGGCCUACUUCUGGGUUAGCAGACGGUAUUCCUACUGGAAGCAACGUUCGGUGCCAUUUGUUCAGCCCAGCUUCCCGUUCGGAAAUCUUCAAGGUUUGAACCGGAAGCAUUUUGGAUUUCUGACGCAUGAUGUCUACACGCAGCUGAAGACGACCGGAAGCAAAUUCGGAGGAAUGUUUUUCUUUGUGAACCCGGUGGCUCUGAUUUUGGAUCUGGACUUUGCUAAGGACGUGUUCGUGAAGGAUUUCCAGUACUUCCAUGACCGUGGAGUGUACAGCAACGAAAAGGCGGACCCCAUCACAGCACAUUUGGUCGCAAUGGAGGGAACGAAAUGGAAGAACUUGCGGGCAAAAUUGACUCCGACUUUCACCUCGGGUAAGAUGAAGAUGAUGUAUCCCAUUAUUACAACAGUUGCUGAGGAAUUUCACAAAUGUAUGGAGAACGAAGCAAAUAACGGAAGAGAAGUUGAGAUGAAAGAGUUUUUGGCGCGGUUUACGACUGAUGUCAUCGGGAAUUGUGCUUUCGGUUUGGAGUGUAACAGUUUGACGGAUCCAGAAGCGGAGUUUAGGAAAAUGGGUAAAAAAGCUUUGACCUUAUCGUCGAUGGGCUUCUUACGCAGAGUACUUAGUGUCACGUUCAGAGAUUUAGCCAAAGCGCUCGGUGUGCGACUUUCCGAUCCAGUAGUUGCUAAUUUUUUCAUGAAUGCUGUUAGAAGAACCAUUGAGUAUCGAGAGAAAAAUAAAGUUCAACGAAACGAUUUCAUGGAUUUGCUGAUCAAACUGAAAAACGCGGAACCUAUUGAUGAAAAGUCUGAUCAACUCGGACCGUUGACAUUCAAUGAGAUUGCUGCGCAGGCAUUCGUGUUUUUCUUGGCUGGAUUCGAGACAUCGUCCACUGCAAUGUCCUUCUGUCUGUAUGAACUAGCCAAAAAUCCGGAAUUGCAAGAAAAAGCAAGACGCAAUAUCAAUGAAACAUUAGCUAAGCAUGGAGCAAUGACUUAUGAAGCAGUGCAUGAGAUGCGAUACAUUGAAAAUUGCAUCAACGAAUCCCUUCGGAAGUACCCACCUAUUGCGAACAUCUUGCGUAAUGUGACUAAACCGUACCCGGUACCUGGCACGAACGUCACUUUGGAGAAAGACAGCCGAGUGCUACUGCCGGUGUAUGCAAUCCAUCACGAUCCACAGUACUACCCGAAUCCGGAGCAGUACGAUCCCGAUCGGUUCAACCCGGAUCAAGCUGCCAGUCGUCAUCCAAUGGCCUUUGUGCCGUUCGGGGAGGGUCCACGAAUUUGCAUUGGCCUUCGGUUCGGAAUGAUGCAAGCGCGGGUCGGGCUGGCGUAUCUGCUGAAGAACUUCCGCUUCACACUGUCCGAGAAAACGGCCAGCCCGCUUAAAAUUCUAGCAAACAGCACGGUGCUGGCGUCGGAAGGUGGAUUAUGGUUGAAGUUGGAGAAACUGUAUUGAACGGUAACGAUCGUUCCUUGUGGGGCUUAUCUCAAAUUCUGAUAAAUUUUUAAGUAAUGUUUUAAUUAAAUUAAAGAAAUAGGAAUA